AUGGCGGACAACAAGCGCAACAGCGUUGCGGGUAAGGUCGCGACGCCGAACCUCAAAGCCGGCACGAGCUCGGGCAAAGAUGUCAUUGGCGCAGACUCCGACCUAUACAAGGCUGUUGGGUCACGCAUCAAAGUAACAUGUGCCCCUGGCAAGAACGUCCUCGAGGGCACUCUCUUCACAGCUUGCAACCUCACCCACGCCAUAGCCAUCAACACCGCCCCUGCCCCGCCGAACCCCUCCGCCUCCAUCUUCAGCCAGCCUGGCGACUACCACAUCAUCCCAUUCGCACACAUUGAAUCUUUCGAGAUCAUUGGCACAGGAGAGCGGGCAUCUGAGUCCGCACCGGGUUUUGAUGGAGCGCUCCCCAGCAUCUCCAAGGUAGAUCUAGCCGCGCUACAAGCCCGCGAAGACCAGACUAUCCGCGAGAUGAAGAAGAAGGACAUGCAGAAGGGCAAGGGAGUUAGUCCCGAAGCACAGGAGCUGUUCGAUGCUAUAUCAAGAACUCUACCGACCCGAUGGGCAGACACACAGAUCGUCGUUAGCGACUCCGUUCUUAUUCAAGCCCCGUACACGCUCGACAACAUCAAGGCACCCAGCGAUAAGCAGCAGGCGGAAAACCACGUCCGUAAGGUUGUCGAACGCUUCUACCAGCGUAAGAAGGGUGCGGCAUCGGGAGGAGCGGCUCGCGCGCCAGUUGCUGUGCCUAACGCCCCUAGAAAGGGAGGUUAA